UGUUCUCAAGACCUGCCUUAGUUAAUGUCUAUACUGGCAGCAAUCUUGCUAUUCGUACCUCAUUUUUCUCAUUCCUGGCAACUUGCCAUUGGGAUUGAAGCCGAGAUCGAUGGGCGUUAUAACUAUACAUCAAUCCUCUACCGCGCAUGCUGCAAUCACUAAUCCCGACCCCCUUGCCUCAACAGCAACAUCUCUCACUUACAGUGGUUUUCACGGCGUGCCGGUCACCAUGCGGCUUCGAAAGACUGCCGUUCGUUUCCAGCCCAUCGUUGUUUUCAAAACAGGCCUCCUGCUCCUCGCCCACACCAUCACAGCGACCGCCUUUGGACUCGAGAAACACCUGGAUGUCCGAUCAGCGUCGAUAUCCUCCCUCCACGACGCCCUAUUCUCGGGCCAGACGACAUGUCGCACCAUAAUAUCGGCACACAUCUCCCGAAUACAGGCCUUCAACCCGAUCAUCAACGCCAUCACGGCCCUGGAUCCGGCCUGCCUGAGCGCAGCCGACGCCCUCGACGCCCAGCUGGCGGCGGGCAACGUCACGGGCCGGCCGCUGUUCUGCAUCCCCGUCCUGCUCAAGGACAGCUUCGACGCCGCGGGCAUGAGCACGGCGGCGGGCUGCCUCGCUCUGGCGCGCAACCGGCCGCGUGUUGACUCGCCCACCGUCGCGGCCCUGCGAAGCGCCGGCGCCGUCGUCCUCGGUAGGGCCAGUAUGCACGAGCUCGCGCUCGAGGGAAUAUCGGCGUCGUCGCUCGCUGGCCAGGUCCGUAACCCAUAUGACCUGCGUCGGACACCGGGGGGAAGCUCUGGUGGGUCCGGGGCGGCGGUCGCGGCUGGGUUCGCUGUGCUCGCUACGGGGACAGAUACCGUCAACAGUUUGAGAAGUCCUGCGAGCGCGAAUGGGCUGUGCAGCUUUCGGCCCACGACUGGACUGGUGUCCAAGGAGGGCAUCGUGCCCGUCUCAGCUACGCAGGACGCCAUCGGGGCGAUGGGGAGGAGUGUAGAGGAUAUCGCUGUUGCGUUGCAGGUGAUGGCUGGGGCGAGGGGGGAGGAUGUGCCGGACGAGGUUGUGGGGACUCAUUACGUGAAGGAGAUGAUGGAAGGGGACGGACUGAAGGGAUUGAGGCUGGGUGUUGUGGAUGGCUUCUUCAACCAUACCGCCGACCCCGAGACAGACCCUGUAAACAACGCCAUGGAGACUAUGAUGUCGCUUCUCAAGAAUGCCGGCGUGACUAUAGUCAACAUCACAGACCCGGUUUUCGACGCAGUCUCCAUUCUCACCAGCCUCGACGUGCAACGCUUCGAGUACAAGGAACAGUUGGGCCUGUACCUCGGCCGAACCGAUCUGGACGGAGAAGAUGUGCCUCGGUCCUUUGAUCAGCUAUACCACGGCAACAGAGAAAGCCAAGACUUUGUGGUCCUGCCCUACCAAUACGACUUUAUCAACAAAUCCUCGACAGCCUCCACCUCGGACGAUGAAUACAAAACCCGCCAGGCAGGCAUCCGCAGGCUCACUGAGCAUCUGGCCGCGACGCUUGCGACGCACUCGCUCGAAGCGCUCAUCUACCCGCAGCAGAAGAACCUCGUAGUCGAGAUCGGGUCGCCCUCCCAGGCCGGCAGGAACGGGAUCCUGGCCGCGCUGACGGGAUCUCCAGUCGUCGUGGUGCCUGCGGGAUACUCGCCGGAGGAGGGUGGUCGUGGUGGAGUGCCGAUCGGGAUGGAGAUACUCGGGAUGUCGUGGACCGAGGGCCGGCUUUUGGGGAUCGCUCGUAGCAUAUCGCAGCUGCCUGGAGCGCCGGCUUGGAGGAUGCCCGGGACGGUGAAUUCGAGCGUCGAGGUUCGGGCGUAUGAAGAGGUGCCUGUUAUUGUGCCUGAUAGGGGCAGUGUCCCGCCAGAGUAUCCGCUUGGCAACUUGUGGCACGGGCCCGUGUGAGUUGAUAGCAACUGCUUGUGCGCUAGGGAGUUUCUGAGGUAUUUUGAGUAGAACCAGGCUUUAGUUAUAACGAAUUAGAUAUAUACAUAUCUAUACCUCAAGCUCAUAGCAGAUAUAUCCUCGGUCAAAUAGAGCAAGACAUGUACCAGCACCCAGGACACCUAGUUCUAGAUGUCCUUCACGGUGUACUUUGCAAG